CUACAGACACUUCAACAACCAAAAAAUGCUACGUCUAUUGCCAAAGAGGGCUGCUACGAUCAAGGUUUUCCCUACCCUUGCAAGAACUUUGGCAACCGAAGCCACCACAGAAGCCCAGAACUUGGAUGAUGUGGUCGACAUCACUUUGCCAGAGUUCUCCUUUGAAGGUUACAAACUGGACCCUCCAUCCUUGGAUUACCAGACCGAAAAGGGUACUUUGCUCCAAAUGUACAAGGACAUGAUUAUCAUCAGAAGAAUGGAAAUGGCUGCCGAUGCUUUGUAUAAAGCUAAGAAAAUCAGAGGUUUUUGCCAUUUGUCUGUUGGACAAGAAGCAAUUGCUGUUGGUAUUGAAAAUGCAAUCACCAAGCAAGACGACAUUAUCACAUCCUACAGAUGUCACGGUAUUACAUACAUGAGAGGCAGCUCUGUCCAGGAAGUCCUUGCUGAAUUGAUGGGUAGAAGAUCUGGUGUUUCACGUGGUAAGGGUGGUUCAAUGCAUAUGUACACGCACGGUUUCUACGGUGGUAAUGGUAUUGUUGGUGCCCAAGUCCCUCUAGGUACUGGUUUGGCCUUUGCACAUCAAUACAGGGACAACAAGAACUGUACAUGGACUUUAUAUGGUGAUGGUGCUGCUAACCAAGGUCAAGUUUUCGAAUCUUUUAACAUUGCCAAACUUUGGAACUUGCCAUGUAUUUUCACCUGUGAAAACAACAAGUACGGUAUGGGUACUUCUGCUGCAAGAUCAUCUGCGCUGACUGAAUAUUACAAGAGAGGUCAGUAUAUUCCAGGUUUGAAGGUUAACGGUAUGGAUAUUCUUGCUGUCUACCAAGCUGCUAAGUUUGCUAAGGACUGGUGUGAAUCUUCCAAUGGUCCUCUUGUUAUAGAGUUUGAAACAUACAGAUAUGGUGGUCACUCUAUGUCCGACCCUGGUACCACUUACAGAACCAGAGAAGAAGUUCAAAACAUGAGAUCAAGAAACGAUCCAAUUGCAGGUUUGAAGGCUCAUUUGCUGGACUACCAAAUUGCAACCGAAGAUGAGAUCAAAGCCUUCGACAAGUCUGCUAGAAAAUACGUUGAUGAACAGGUCAAGCUUGCGGAUGCUUCUCCACCUCCAGAAGCUAGAAUGGACAUUUUGUUUGAAGACGUUUAUGUUCCAGGCUCUGAAAUUCCUAUCCUUAGAGGUAGAAUCAGAGAUGACUCUUGGUCGUUUGAGAAGGGUGGUUUCGCAUACAAAUAGUUC